AUGCCAUACGGACUGUCCUGGCUCGCUGCAGCCGUCUGCCCGCCGGCCGCUACGGCCUUUGCCGCCCCGCCGCCGCCCGCAGGCCGCCCGCUGGCUACCCAGGCGCUGGCGGCCGCUGGCGGGACGACCGCCGCCGCCCUCGUCGGCUACGUCACCGACGUCGAGGGCAAGCUCGCGCUGUUCCAGGACUACGCCGCGCGCUCACUGGUGGUGAUGCUGGAAGUCGGUCCCGAUGGCCAUGAGCGGCUGCAGUGGCGCAAGCCGAGCGAUCCCGUUGGCUCUCCCGACGCAUCCCCUGAUCUCCACUUUGUCUACGGCGGCGACGUGUUCGACAAGGGCGAUGGUGAUCUGCGCCUUGCCCGCCUGCUGGUCGACUUUAAGAUCCGCUAUCCGCAACACGUUCACCUCAUUCUCGGCAACCGCGACGCCAACAAGCUCAAGCUAGUCGCGCAUCUCACUGGCCCGGAGCUCUCACAGUCGGUGCACACCCUGCCGGGCCCGUACUGGUGGUCGGGCCUCUCGAGCUACGUCACGCCAGCGCAGUUUAUGGCGUCGCGGGCGCUGCCAGACUCGCGGUCAGCCCGCCUCCGCUACCAUUUGCACUGCACCAUGGGUGCUGCCGCCAUGUUCGAGGCCCGCAAGGCCGAACUCGCCCUCCUCGCCGGCCGUUCCUCGCCUGACGACGUCUCGGACGACGAGGUCGUCGACUCGUUCCUCGCUGCCGCCGAUCCACGGCAUCCAGCGUCGCAGGAGACGGUAGUGGUUCCGCGUGAGGGACAUGUCUGUGUCCGUCCACACGACAUCGUCGCCUCUGGCGGCGGCGAGGCGCUCAAGUACGUGGUCCUCUCCGAGCUCGCUGCUCUCGUCCACGACUCGCUCUUUGUCCACGGCGGCGUCUCGCGGCGUGCGCUAGGCUUUGUCCCAGCCGACGACGCCUUUGAUGGGGUGACCCGCGCUGCCGUCGGCACCACCCUGCCUCCUUCGGCCUCGAUCCACGAGUGGGUCGCUGCCCUCCGCGCCUGGCAGCUCCGCGCACUCGCCGCCUUUGUUGCCUCGCCCGGCUACCUCGACCUCGACCGCAAUCAGCGCGGCGGCGCACAGCUCUUCUCCUACUUUUACACCCGUGCCGUCCACGGCCGCUCCGUCGCCAUCCACCCGUCGCUCACUCGAGGCGUGCCGAACGAGCCGCCGGCCGACGUGGCGCUGGCGCUCCGCGACUCGGGCAUCGCUCGGGUCGUCUCGGGCCACAAGCCGUUCUCCGACUCGCCCACCCUUGUUCGCGCCAACGGCGUCGAGUACAUUCUGGGCGACAUGUCAUUUUCCGACACCAACGCGCCCGACAAUCGCGGUGCUGCUGUGGCCGAGGUCGUCAUCGUCCAUCCGCGCGACGGCUUGCCGUCGUUUCCGUUCCUGCACGGCCGCCUUGCCUGCGGCCUCGAGUACGCCUUUGCCGCCAAGCAGCCGGACAACCCAGACGCUCCGGAUCCGGGAGCCUGGCUCGGAAAAAGGACCCGGACCGGCUGGAUCCCGGUCGUCAUUCUCCCGUCGGGCUGGCUCGUGCUCGACCGCGGCCGCGGACGUGUUGUUGAGCACUUGCUUGUUGAUCCCGCCGGCGUCGAGCGCAUGAUGGUCGCCUGACUCGCUGCCCGCGCGCGUGCGCCUAUGUCUGUGCGGCCACGAGUCGGCCAUAGAUCGAGUCUUCCGCCGCCAG